GUUUUCGUUCCACCCACGUGCAUUCAACCACCAACAGCACAACAACAGCAGCAGCAUUCAUUCACAUCACGUUGAGCACACACGAACACGCAGUCAUGGAGGUGCCGCAUGGGAAGAAGUACAACAUCAAGCGAGACAUCCAGCGCUUGCUGAAGAAGAAGAAGUUGGGCGACUCUGGGCGAGCUGAGUUGUGCAAGUUGCUGGAGGUGCAGCACGAGCGUACAGAGCACCAUGCCAAGCAAGAGUUGGUACGCGCUGUGAAGAAGGCCCUGAAGAAGACGGGAACAACACUGCGCAACAGCAACAAGCGGCUUUGCAAGAAGCUUGAGCUGCCUGCGGACCAACUGAAGGGAAACGUGACACACGAGAAGCUCGUCGAUCAGCAGCAGCGGAUACAGAAGCGACUGGACGUCUUGGAAGACAAAGAUGCAGACUGGGCGGUUGCGCGGGUGACGCGUGCCACCAAGCCAACGCCAGAGGAAAGCGCUGCUCUCAACAACGUCUUCAGCGACGCCCAAGUCAAGGCGAGCUUGAAGAUGUGGCGCGACGAGCAGCGGUUUUCUGCAGAGCAGCGCAUGCGCGAGUUGCUAGAGCAGUGGCACAGACCGCGCAAGGGCGACUGGCAGAGUGAUGACAAAAGCAAGAAGCACGCCACCCGUGCCAGCAAGAGCGAAACCAUGCAGAGUGGCGGCGGUGUUGAUGUUGAUGAUGACGAUGGUGAUGUGAGCGAGGGCGGUGACACAGCGGGUAGCUUUGGUGGCGAUGGCGUCGGUGCUGGUGCUCAUGAACACGACGCUGACGACGAUGCCGUGUAUGGGGAGGACGAGGACCCGGACAUGUUUAAGCAGCGCAAGGGCGGAGAUGAGAAGAUGAAGCGGAAGAAGAAGAAGGAGCGACAACAGCAGCGCGCACGCGAGCGGCUGCCAGAGGAGGCAGUGAACAACCCGGAGAUUUUUGACGAUGCUGCGCCAACGUAUGAUGAGGAACACAACUGCGAUGGUGAUGGCGGUGGUGGCGGUGGUGAUCGCGAUGAUGAUGACGGUGAUGUUGGCCGUGGUAGUGCUGCUGGAGGCGUUGGUGGUGACCGAAAGGGUGGGAAGAAGCGUGGUGGAAGCAAGAGCGGUGAUAAGGACAAAACGACGAGUGGCAGGAGUGCUGGUGGAGAGAAGUUGCAACUGGGCGGGAUGGUGCGACGCGAAGGUGUUGACUACGGCGAUAUCGAUGCAGAGUUUGAAGACGACUUUGCUGACGAUGAUGACAGUGCACCCCGGCGCGGGUUCCAGUGGGAUCAGAUCAAGGGCAUGCUCGCCGGCGACAGCGACGAAGAGGACGCGGCAGAGAUGCAGCGCGACCUGAUGGAGCUGCUCGGAGGUCAAGAUGGCAGCGAGAAAGGCGGGAAGGGCGAGCCGAGCAAGAGCAAGAAGAAGAAGAAGAGGAACCGCCUUGGGCAGCGGGCGCGGCAGCGGCUGGCGGAGGAGCGAUUUGGCAAGGAGGCACGACACGUGCAGGACCCGAAGCUCGACGCAAACCUCAAGCAGCGCAUGAAGAAGGCGCGUGAGGAGAAGCGGCUGCGCAUUGAGAAGCGAAAGGCGCGAGAGGGCGAUGGCAGACCGGCACGGCGCCCCCAUGGUUACGGCGAUGAUGAUGGCGAUGGCUAUGGGCACAUGCAGCGGCAGAGACCGGCCAAGCGAGCAAAGGAAGGGAAGGCAGCAGGCAAGGCAGCAGGCAAGGCAGCAGGGAAGGCAGCAGGGAAGCAGGAUGGAGAGGAGGAGGGUACACACAUGCACCCGUCGUGGUUGGCGAAGCAACAGCAGCACAACCAGGCCAAGGUGGUGCAAUUCCAGGGAUCACACGUCACCUUCUCAGACAGCGAUGACGAGUGAUCAAAGACAUAUGUGUGUGUGUGUGUGUGUGUGUUGUGUGUGUGUGUGUGUGGGGGGGGGGG